AUGACUCUCAUCUCUGCCUUGAAGAACAUGACUCCAACUUCCUCCUUGGGAAUGUCCAACUCAUCGAUUGCCAGUGCCUCCUCCAGCUUUGGCACUCAAUCCUCAAAUAAGAAUGCUUGUCUCCUUGGUUGUGUCGGUGGUCUCCUCUCUGGUCUGCAUGUUGAUGCCAACGUUGAUGCCAAUGGCAGCCGCGCUGGAUGCAACAUCCUCACUGCCCACAUUGAUGCCCAUGUCAACUAA